CAAUGUUCGAAUUUGAAUUUAUAUCUCCGGCCCGGAUACAUUCAUUUAGGACCACACCCGCCGUCCGCGCGCUUGGUUGCAACAGUUGUCAAUUGAAAUAUUUCCUUGUAUUUUACCUCCAUCAUCAAUAUUCCUGGUGUACACGUUGCAUUACUGAAAAAAUGAGCUCGAACGAAGUUGAUAUGCUCGAGCAGGUUAAGGGUAUUACUGACCAAGAACUGCGGGAAAAGUUGACAAGUCUUGGUAUGGAUGUAGGGCCUAUAACUGGAACAACAAGGAAUCUUUAUGAGAGAAAAUUGGUCCAGCUUUUGACUGGCACUCGGUCAGAGUUCAGUGUUGACUCACCACCAAAAUCAUCUCCCAAGCCAUCAGCGCCUAAAUCGCCACCCAAACAGUCACCACCCAAAUCACCUAAAGUUUCCGGCAAGAUAAACUUUGUGCCUCCUGCUUAUGAUACAGCUGAUGGUAUCCAAUCUGCUGAAUCUAUCUCAACAACCACAUAUGAGCCGCUCAACGACUCAACAGUGAAUCUCAUUAGAGCUCGCAAGCCACUUUCACGGGCUGUCAUUGAAGAACCUGUGCAGCGUACAGCAACUUAUCGCCAAAACACACCUUUCCCUGCAGCCAACGCUCAAUUUAGGAAAGCUGAAUCUGCUGGAACAGUAACAGAUCAUAUUAUCAAGUUUGCUUUGUUUGGUGUUGUAAUGUUAGUAAUUGUUUACUUUAUCUUAAAUCAAGAACCUGGUAAUGCUGUAGAGCAAAGACACUAAUUUUCAAGUUGUGUAUUCCUAUAUUUUCUUUUAUCUUAUUUUACUAUUUAUCUACCUGUAAAUGAUGUGGUGCUGCAUUUUACUCUUAUUUAUUUUCCUAUAUGAGAAACCUCUCGGGUAUCAAUGUAACUUCAUAUUUCUAUCAUGUUCAGUAAAUUGAUUCAAUAAAUAAAUUUACUAGAAAACUA